AGAACCACUGCCAAGGAACAUUUUAAAGAAGCUGUUUUAACUGUAGUGUAAACCUGAGGCGUUAGGCACAGCAGCUUUCUAAUUCCCUUCUGAGUUUGUUUGGUGGAAACACCCAAGUCCGAGUUGAAAGUGAGCCUUUGUUCAGCAUGUGCACGUUUGAAAAGGGUUCUGAUUCCUUUUCUCGAUGUCAUUUCAUAUUACAGCUUUUCUCAGACUCUUUCUCUCCCUCCUUCUCCCCUUCUCACCCUCUCUCCCUCCUUCACCCCCCUCUCUCUCUCUUUCACUCUUGUUCUAUAUAUAGGUCCAUGAUGCAUCUACAAGAAAGUAUCUGUCUCCUGACUUGCCUGCCCUUUUAACAGCACUUAGUGCUGCGCAGACCCUCACAGACUGGGAUGCAGAGAGGCGAGCCACAGGAAUUCUUUGUCUAUUUGCCUAUUUAUUUAUUGAGUCAUUGACUGAUUUCUCCCCCUUUUUUGAAACCUUUUGUUUUUAAACUUUUCUCAAGAAGGAUUCUCAACUCCAAUCAGCAGUCAUGCCUCUGUCCGGGACCCCAGCACCUAACAAGAGGAAAAAGUCCACGAAGGCGAUCUCCGAGAUCAUGCAGGAAGUUUUUGAUGAGGGAGAGCUGAACCUGGGGAAGAAGAUCAGCACUCCCAAAGACAUCAUGCUGGAGGAGCUGUCUCUGCUCGGGAACAAGGGCUCUAAGAUGUUCAAACUACGGCAGAAAAGGGUGGAGAGGUUCAUCUGGGAGAACAACCCUGACAUCUUCAAUGAUGGGGCCAUGGACAAUUUCCAAACGUUUGUGCCGAGUCUGGGUGGGACGACACAGUCUGGUCACAGCAUGAUGGAUGUGGGGGGUCACCUGGUCAGCGGUCAGAUGGUGGGCCAGGCGGGCACAGGGAGGCAUCAGCAGCCGCCGAUCCCUCCUCCCAAGCCAGGCAUGGGCGGGGCUGGAGGAGGAGCUGGAGGGACUGGGGGAGGAGCCGGAGGAGGAGCUGGAGGGGCUGUCACCAUGCAGACCAGCCAGGGACAUGGUGAGGGUGAAGGUCAUCAGAGUGCUGGGAAGGAUGGGUCGAAGCAGAGCGUUACCAUGGUGAGGACUUACAUAUCUCCAUGGGAACGAGCAAUGAAAGGGAACGCGGAGCUGACGGCCACCAUGAGAUCCAGCAUGCCAGGGCCUUGCAUCCACAAGAACCUGGUGGAGUACAAGAGCUUCAACAGGACCGCCAUGCCCUUCGGGGGGUACGAGAAAGCUUCCAAGCUGAUGACCUUCCAGCUGCCCGAGUACGACACUGAGCCGGAGGAGCCAGAGCACCCUGCGAUCUACCAGCUUGACAUCAACUCCCGCCCCUGCUUCAACCGCACUCCCAUCGGCUGGGUGGGAAGCGGGGAGCCCUGCCAGCUGCCUGUGGAUCUGGAGACUGUGCCUUUCGAAGGGGAGACCGAUGACCUGUGAACUACACCACACUGACAAAUAAACACAUGAACAUGCUCACACACUGACACACACAAUGACACACAUAAAUACAUAGACACACAAAAACAUUGACACACACUCAAUCCCCGCUGACACACAAUCACACGUGAACACACACGCACGAAAAUGCACACACGCAUGCACCCAAAAUGUCACUGUUUAGCUUGACGCUUCAUUUAUUAGUGCUCAGAUGAAUGCUUGAAUAUUCGCUCUAUUUAAUCAGCUAAAAGAAAUGGUUUGAAAAAGCUACUGUAGUACACCAUGGCAAGAAUGUAGUUAAUGAUAGCAUCUUGUUUACAAGAAUGUCCUUUGCACCCCACCCCCCGAAACAAAUCAAUAUAUAUAUUUCUAUAUUUCUAUAGACUUUAUAUAGGACUUUUUCACCUAGGGGAACCAUGCACACCAGACCUUCUUAGGUGAACCUCUAGUGCAAUAAAUCUAAUUAUGAUUAUGAUAAUAAAAAUGAAUAGCACUGCUAAUGAAAAGGAUAUGAAUGUUAUAAAGAGUUGUGGAAUGGCAGUUUUGUUCUCUUUGAGUGUGUGCCCUGCACUGCCUUGCCGGUCCUAUAGGGGAGGUCGCAGAUUAGACAUUAGAGAUUGUGAGGUGCUGCUGCUUUUAAUGGGUAAGCCUUUUCAUUUAUGAUUUGAUUUAUCUUGCCACUUCCACACUCUAGGGUCACUUCCUCUCCGUGUAGCAGGUAUUUGGGCCCCACGUGUUGAGUCUGUUCCUGUCUUUAUGUUCUGCUUGGAGGUGUGUUGGAGACCCUAAUACCUGUUACGCAGACAUGAAAUGACUCUACAGUGUUAGGGGAAAAGUAAGGCUCUACAUCUAUGAAGGGAAAAUAAAGUCCUGGAAAAGAAGAAAGGUAAACAGCAGAGAAUCAAGGGUGUGCAAGAAUGGCUCCCUGUUACCAGCCCCUCACACAGAACUUCUAUGCUAGUACUCUGUCUAGGUCUCACUCUUACCUGGAGACUAUAGAUAUAUAUAUAUAU